CUAUCAAUCUCUCGACGAUAGCAGUGCAGUCAUAAAUGUGUAUCGCUCGGUGGAAAGUGGACUAUAAUGGAUUGAAGUAUUGCGAGUUCAUCAACUUUCGCAAUAAUGAAUCCCUUUACUCAAGUUUUCUGUCUAACAGUUGGUGUCUUUUUCUUUGCUUUCACUGCUACAGCUGAUGAAGACUGUGAAAUUCCUUUAUCGGAAUUAAACAAAAUUGAACAAACCUUAACUCACAUCGAAAAACCAAUCUACACCGAAGAAGCCGAAUCCGAAACGAGUGAUAGUGAUGAGUGUGCCCAGAUGCUCAGAGGAAUCCAUCUGCAGCUGAGACGGCUCACCCAGAAGUACAAGUUGAUGAACAAGGGCUACGUCAAGGUCGAGGAGUUCCACAAGAUGGCCAAAGAAUAUGAAGAGCAACUAUCUAAGCUGAAUGGUGAAUUGGAACAUUUUAAAGUUGAGGCAAGAAGUGGUGCGGACCAGAAGAUAAAAGAGCUUAAAAAAGAUAUUAAAUCACUUGAGCAAAACGUUACCAAGCUUCACGAUCGUCUCAAAGGCAUUACUGACGAGUUGGGAAAGGUGAGCAUGGAACUCUGCUCGACCUAUCUCGAAUCUAACCAACUUGACAGUGCUAAGGAAAAAGUAAAAGAUCUUCCAUCCAAGUACGUGAUAGAACUAGUGGAUCAGUUUUUGAGCAAAAACGAAAACAAUUGGUUGCCGGUGGUUGAUUUAUCCACGGCCGUUCCAGACCUGGAUGAUCGCGGUCAAGUUUACAAGAACAUUUACGAGUUUUUGCUGGCAAAGAGCCGACUGGAAGGGGAGGAAUCUCUUUUAUUGGAAGCGGAAAUUCUAAAACUGAAUGCCACCUUUCAUCCUGGAUCAAAAAUCACCGACGACAGGAAGAAAGAACUGAAUGAUUUGCUUGAAAAAUUGAGACAAAAUUCGGAGAAGACUUUGGAGCAAUGGACACAAGAAUUGAACCAAUCGAAUAUAUCUGCUGUUGUUUUCAAGAACGCUAUCGACCGUAUGUUUCUAACGCAGAUCGAGAAAUUCGGAGAAUAUGUUACAGGUCGACACGAUUACUAUGGUGUACGCAAUUUUUUGAAGCUUCUUGGAGUUUCGAAAAAUUACCACAAGAUUGCAGCAUAUAACAGUUUGGUGGAGAAGAAAAUUGGACAUGCGUUGGCGGUAGUCAUGAUAGACAUGUUGUCCAUCGAUAUAGCAGAAAUCAAACACGAUCCUCACGUUCCAGAUAGGAUUGAAAGAAUGUACAACAGUACCAUCAACUCGCUUCCUGACAGUUUAAAGGGUAUUAUUCCUUGCAUAAAAUCAGUGAAAAUUAGAAACGAAGGCACCAAUCGAUGUAUCUAUGCAAUCAAUCAGAAUAUACAAGUGCAAAAUCCCAAUUUUAAAAACAUUGUCUUAGGACAAUAUAAACGAGUAACUUCAACGAUGAGCGCCUGCACCAGUUUUCGUUUGGAACUUUCUUCUAAUAAACCUUAUAUCAAAAUCAUAACUAGCGAAGGAAAUUCCUUAACGAACAUCAACUCUGCAGUGCCAGGUGAGACUGGGUUUAGUCGUGUGGGAGCACCUUACAGCAACAAGCCCAACAUGAAGCUAGACCACACUGGGGAUUGGGUAUUGGACGCCAACUUCGUUAAUAAUUCGAUCAAGAUACAGUCGGAUUUUAACGCUUACCAGACAAGUAAGAGCAUUGACCAUCUGGUUGUUAGGAAUGAUGGGGACGUCGCGGUGGUAAGAUACGGAUUAUCUGGAAUGAGAAGUGGAGGGAUACCGGAUAAUCAUGCCGAGUGGAAGUUUGAAUGCUUUUGAAAUGAAGUAAAUCAAGACCCUUCGGUGGACGCUUGUAUACUUUUUUUAAAUGUAACGUAAUAAAACAUGGAAACUCUUUGAA